AUGGAGUACCCUCUGGGCGAAUUAAUGAAAAACUUGGCCAAUCCAGCGAACUUCCAGCAACAGCUCAACACUUUGUAUUGUAAGUCAUUCAGCUAUGAAGUGGCAGUCGGCACGAAAUCAAUUUUAUUUCUCGUGCUCAAGUGAUUUCGAACAAGUUUUGGCACUUUAAAAUGAAAAAAAAAAUUAUUUUUUUUAAAAAUUAUGAUGAGUAUCGGUCAAAAAAUUCGUAGAAAUUUUAAGUUUUACGCUUUUGGGUAAAAAGUUGAUUUAAAACUGGCAUAACGUCCAAGCUUUUAAUAGAUCAAAAUUCUACAAACUUUUUGACCAAACUUAAAAAGUUUUUAAAAUUUUCACAAAUUAGGCAUAAAAAAGUCAUAAAUUUAAAAUUUUUAACUCUGAAGCUUUACAAUGGCUACUACAACAAAAAAGUAAAGUAUUUUCACCUGGAGCCCUACCAUUGUUACAAAUCCAACCACUAUCUCCUAGCUGUAAAAUACACCAGUCAAUCAAGGUAAGUAUUCUUUGACAUAAUAAACCGUAACAUUUAAAAAAAAAUUUUUUUGAUUUUUAUAUUGGUCAAAAAGUUCCAUCUUUGUCGUCAAAAGAAAAAGUUUUUAUUUUGGUCAAAAAGUUUAUAGAAAAAUUUAAAAAUGUGCCAAAUUAAAGCUAAAGGCUAUAUCUAUUUAUUUUUUGACCGUAUUUAUAAUUUUUCCUUUUUCUACAAACUUUUUGACCAAAAAAGCAAAGCGCGUCAAAAAGAAUUGGGCGAUUUUCAGUGUAUUUAUAUAGCAAAAAAGAGCAAUUCUUUUUGACGCGGUUUAAAAAUUAAAGGUUUUUUGAAUAUAACUUUUUAAAAAUGAGUUUGGAGGCUUGAAAAAUUUGUUGAACUUUCAAAAAAUUUAAAAAUUAUAGUAAUUUAAAUUUAAAAAUUUUUUUUAAACUUAAAAUUUUUUUGCCAAAAUUAGUCUGCCGCGGCUUAUUUUGUUGUACCAACGUCCUGAAGACCUAAUUGUUGCGUUUUUUGACGAAGAAAUGGUCCAUUUCCUUUUUGAGUACGAGUUAUGAGCCGGUUCCGUCGUGCCGCAAAAGGAUUAUCAUAGGUUUGUGUUUACAAAACAAACUUGCCAAAAGCUUGUGGAGUAAACACAAAUUUUUUAUAAAAAAUAAGUGAGAAAAUGAAAAAAUGAAAGGGACAAAAUUAGGUUGAAAUUUGCAUAUAAAACUACUGUAACUUUCAAAUUGUAUUGAAUUUUGAAGUUCAGAUUGAAAAAGUUGAUGAAAAAAUGAAUGUUAUGGUAGAAUUAAAGCUAAAAACAAUUCAAAAUGAAAAAAAAAUUAAUUUAAGAAAAAUAUUUUAGGUAGAAAACGUCAACACUCGCUCACCAACCUCAUUUUCAAUUGACGAGCUCCUCAAAUCCGUGCCAUCUUCAUCGCCAAAAGAGAAAUCGAUCGAAAAUGACGUUUUCAAAAACUACACCGCCGAAGACUUGCACAUUUCGGACGGGCGGUGCAAAAGAUCUCCCGACACAGAAUCGACCAGUCGACACGUUUGCUCGGAAUGUGGUAGAAGUUAUGCGACCAGUAGUAACUUGUCACGGCAUAAACAAACUCAUCGGCCGCUGGAUUCACCCUACGCCAAGCCUUGCAAAUUCUGUGGAAGAGUUUAUGUUUCUAACGCGGCACUUGGGUAGGUUAAUGUGGGUGUAUCUACUAUAAUAUAAGUUUUUUUGAGAAAUCGUGUUGUUGGUUCUAUAGAGCAUAAAAAGCAGUAUAUUGUCUGAUAAAUUGACAUAUAUAUCUUUGAAAAAUCGACCGUUUUACUUAAAAAUUGGCCAAGAUAUCGACUAUUUUUCCUGCAUCUUGUUCACCAGGGACUCAAGUUUCUUUUUUGAAUUUAAAAAGUUAGGUUUGAAAAAUCAAAAUAUGGGCUUAUAUAUAUUGUUCACACUGUACUUCUACACCAUCACACAAAAAAUCAGCUUUUUUUAUCAAGGAUCCGUCAAGAUAUUAGCCAUUUUGUCUCCACUGUGACCUACAAUACUAAUCUGCCUUUCUUUUUUCUCUCUCUCUUUCUCUCCUAUUACCUUUCCGUCUCUUUUCUCUCGUUUUAAGGGAAACCCAAUUAAAAAGCAACUUCCUCUUGAUUGACUUGAACUCAAACUUGUCGUUCGAUCGAGCUUAUAAGUUCCAACCAAGGUUGGUAUUUUAUCUAGCUCGUUUUCGCGUGGCUGGCUAAAUUAAAUUUUGAAAUGCUUGAUCUUUUAGGAUUGGGCUAAUACCUAUUAUGUAUACAUACUAAUAAGUUAUGAUAUGACUUUUUGAUUGGGCAUGGCAGUAGGGCAGAGUAAGGAGGGAAAUACUAUUUUAAAAAUUCUAUUUUCUGGAAGGAUUCGAACUUUUUUUGAUUUUUGACAUUUUCAAAUGAAUGUAACUUUGCUAUGCAUUACAACAUUGACUUGAAACUUUGGGAAAAUAUGUUUAUUUCAAUGCUUUUUAAAAUUCAUUUUCUGGUUUUUUAAAAUUUUUUUUAGUUUUUAAAAAAUGACGGUUUUUCUUCAAAUUUUUCAUUAUUUUGUUCAAAUAAUUCUGAGCCUCCAUUCAAAGCAAAUUUUUAAAGUUGGGAGCACAGAAUUAUUUGAAAGACCUUAUUAUUUAAAAAUUUUAAAUUAUUUUUAUCAAAAUCAAAAAAAAUUUUGAAAUUUUUUUUAAUGCCAUUUCUUUUCAGCAUGCACCUCCUAACCCACGACGCUCAACAUAAAUGUGAAGAUUGUGGCAAGUUGUUCAGUCGUCGAUGGCUUUUGAAGAACCAUAUGCGCUCUCAUACCGGCCAAAAGCCCUAUCGAUGUGCGCAUUGUGGGAAAGCGUUCGCCGACCGGUCGAAUUUGAGGGCACACAUGCACACUCAUACUGGUGGGUUUUUAAAAUGAAAAAUGAGAUUUAAAAAAAAAUUAUUUUCCUAUAAAACUUCUAUAAAAUUUUUGACCGGAAAUUAAUAAAAAUUGAUUUUUCUAUAAGCUUUUUGACCGAAAACAGUAAAAAAUGAUUUUUCCAUAAAGUUUUUGACCUCAGCCUAAAAAAUUUGACCGAACUCAAAACUGUCAUGAUGUCUAUGUCGUUGUUGUCACGUUAAUCCCAAAACAGUUACGUUAAUAAAUAAGAGUACAACUGCCAAUUUCAAACAUGCCCUAUAGACGCGUUUUUUCUUGAAAUUGCCGCAAAAUACGAGAUUUUAAUCCUUUUGACAUAAAAACGCGCAUUUUGACAUUGUUGAUGCUAAGCCGUGAUCAAUAACCGUGGUAUUAGGGACUUGUAGAAUGAGUUAUGACCAUUUUUGGUUUGAUAUUUUUGAAAAAUGCGUUUUAUGACUUUCGGUCAAAAAGUUUAUAGAAAAAUGCAUUUUAUGAUGUUUGGUCAAGAAGUUUGUAGAAAAAUGAGUUUUAUGAUUUUUGGUCAAAAAGUACGUAGAAAAAUGUAUUUUAGGAUUUUUGGUCAAAAAAUUCGUAGAAAAGUGCAUUUUAUGUUUUUUGGUCAGAAAGUUCAUAGAAAAAUGCAUUUUAUGAUGUUUGGUCAAGAAGUUUGUAGAAAAAUGAGUUUUGUGAUUUUUGGUCGAAAAAUUCGUAGAAAAAUUGAUUUUUUUGAUUUGCGGUCAAAAAAUUUGUAGAAAAAUAGAUUUUUUUGAUUUGCGGUCAAAAAAUUUGUAGAAAAAUGGAUUUUAUGUGUUUAGGUCAAAAAGUUCGUAGAAACAUGGAUUUUCAGUCAAAAAAAUUCUUAGAAAAAUGCAUUUUACGAAAAAUUAUUUCAAAUUUAAAACAUUUUCAAUUUCCAGGUGAAAAAAAGUUCAAAUGUAACAACUGCCACAAGAGUUUCGCCUUGAAAAGCUACCUAAACAAACACAAGGAGCAGGUUUGUGUACGAAGGAAACUGUCACAAUCACCAGAAUCCUUGAUCUCCGACUUUGGAGGUGGAUUUUGUUUGAACAACGUUAAAAUGGAAGGGGAUAUUGUUGUAGAUUAG